AUGGGCGCGUUAUCGAGACCCAUCGUAGCUGCGAUUUCAAUAGUCACAGCGUUGAUAGUCCUCUUCAAAUUCUUCGGCGACGUACCAGUCGACUACUACAGAAACUACUCGCCCGGGGAGCCAAUAUUACCGGCGACAACGAAAAGCGAUAAGCCUCAGCCUGGCUACUUCAAGGCACAACCAGAGUGGGAUUGGAAGGUGCCAGACUAUGCCGGCUGGAACGGCUAUGCACGCGCUCCCCGCAACCGCGACAUCGUGGUGUUGACUGCGAGCGACGGUGGAGGCCACAACAGCGCCAUCCCCAAUAUACUCGAGCGCGUACUCGACGACCGCAAGAAGUACUGUGCAAGGCAUGGCUACACACAUCUGUGGCUCAACACUAGUCGUUAUGAUGUUGGCGAUGCACACAGAACCUGGUCCAAGAUCCCUGCCGUCGCCGAAGCCUUCUCUCUCAAUCCAACCGCCGAAUGGGUCUGGCUCAUCGAUACCGACAUCGUCAUCAUGGAACCAGACUACGAUUUGGUAAAGGAGGUUGUUGGUCCUGAGGCCAUCAAGCGCGGCCUGAUGCGCGACACACCCAUCCUGGACGGCCAGCUCAAGAACCACCCCACGAACAUCAACACGCCGAAGGACUUUCGCGUCGAGGACAUCGAUAUCCUGAUCACGCAGGAUCACCAGAGCGUCAACACUGGCAGCACCUUCUUCCGCCGCUCUGCGUUCACUCGCUGGACCCUCGAAAUGAUGACCGACUACACCAUGCUCAUGGGCCAGGACCACGCCGGCGCAGAGCAGGAUGCCAUCAAGCACCUCAUGCUCGAGCAUCAGCUCAUGCGCAACCACAUCGGCAUCUACCCUCAGCGCAAGUUCAACGCCUACGUCCAGGGCGGCUCCAACAUGGGCUACCGUGACGGCGACCUUCUCGUGCACUUCGCAGGCUGCUGGGUAGACGGCAAUUGCCAAUCCUGGUUCGAGGAGUUCUGGGGCAAGAAAGGACACAAGGAUGUGUGGAGGCCCUCGACCAAGGACUCCUGA